AUGCUGCUACAGGAGCAGCCGCUGGUUCUUCAACCAAUGCAACUGCUACCACCCGAUCCGAGCGACACUGGUCGCAUUGCGCGACGCACGUACAAGCCAAAUGGCCCAACAUUUGAGAAAACAAAGGCAGAGGAUCCACCUGCAGGGAGACUGCGCCAGUUUCAAGAUAUUCGUGAUGCCAGGGACUGGGCAGGCUUGGAGCCAGAAGCCUGGGAUGCAGUUUGCGAUCAAUGUGGAGGCUUUGCUGACCUGUGGCAGCUGGCGCAGAUCAGCCCAGAAAAGCUAAGAAAAGCCAUCAUCUCUGCACGCAUCGCUCGCGUAGACCAACAGGGCAGGCCUGCUGCUGUAGCCGCAUUGCAUGGGGCUGCGCCCCUGCCCUCUUUCAGGGCCUUGUGCCCAGUGGAAGCUGCCCAAGUUGGGCUCAUUUGGCGGCUUGCGCAGGCUAUAGCAGGGGAAGGCCCGGUGAAGGUCAGCGACCAGAACCUACCAGAGGAGCAACAUCCACGUGUGCAGGUAGAAGAUGCCCAGUGGUAUGAAGUCACCUUCGACAAGGUCUUCAUCAAGAAAGCACCCCAGCAGGAUGCCAGAUCCUGGGGCUGGGUCCUCCAAGGGCAGAAGAUCCAGGUGUCUCCAAAACUUCUGUUGGACGUGAACGGCCGGGAAUGGGUGGAGCUGACGUUCAUGCAGCUCGCCCGGUCCUGCCCUGAGCGCCUCUCAAGCGAUGAUCCCUUGGGACGCGGAUUCGCCUUGGUCGACGGCGAGCACUUGGGCCUUGGCAGGCUCUUGUCUGGGCCGCUACCUAGCAAGGAGUGGCCGCAAGGGUUGGAGGAGGCGCAGAGCACUGUUGAGGAGCGUGUGGUUCUCCGGCGGCUCAGCGGCGAACGGCUGAAAUUCCAGUUGAAGUCGGGGGACUUUGUUGCUUCGCUUUGCUUCCGCGCCGCCGAAGUUCUUCAGGCGCCAGCUGCGCGCAUCCGACUGAUCCUGGACGGAGAAGUUCUGAACCAGGAUUCCCUUGCAGCUCCGCUGGCCGGGAAGGAGGUGGAUGUGGUGGUGAUCCCUCCAUCACCUCGUGCUGUCACAGGCUGCGAGGACGGUUCUGUGAAAUUCUGGGACCUCCAGGCAAAAACUUGCUUGGCCACCCUGACCGGCCACCGUGGCUCUGUCUGGUCUGUGGACGCAGACAUCACUGCACGGCUGGCCCUGUCUGGUUCAGCGGACGGCUCGCUGAUGCUUUGGGACCUGGAACGGGAGGAGUGCCUUCGCAGCUUCGAAGGCCACGCCGGAGCUGUCUGCGCCGUAGCAGCCGACUUCGGGAGGCGCUGGGCAGCGAGUGGCUCGGACGAUGGCACCCUGCGGCUGUGGUCCUUCAGCCAGCGCAGUAGCCUGCUGACCCUCCGCUGUCCCAACGGCACUCCCUGGUCGCUGGUGGCUUCUUGCGAGGGCAUGUCAGCGGUCAGUGGCCAUGAAGGCGGAUUCGUCCAGGUUUGGGAUCUCUCCGAGGAGGCCUGCGUGCAUUCCUUUGGUUCCUAUCACCAAGGCCUGGUCCAGGUUGUGGCUGCAGACUUUGCAAAGGCAAUGGCAGCAAGCGGCUCGGAUGAUGGUAUAUUCUGCACCUGGGAUCUGGCGAACAUGAACAUCCAGCACAUGGUGCAGGGCCAGUCGAUGAUGUCAGUGUGGGCCAUUGGCCAGACAUUCGCAUCCGCCAAGCGUGCCAUGAGCGGCAGCUUUGAUGGUCAACUUCACGUUUGGGAUGUAAAGACUGGCGAGGCCACUGGCUGGCGAGGUGCUCCCGUCUGCGCCCUGGCCGUGGACUUUGAGUCUGGCCAUGCUGUGAGCGGCAGUUAUGAUGGCCAGGUCUAUGUGUGGGAUCUGACGGCGCAAAGCGGGAACGUUUGCUCUGAUCCCCACUCUGCCGCCGUGCGCUGCAUUGUUGCCAGCUUUCAGUGUAGCAGCCAAGGCCAUGACAAGGACUCGAUGACACAGCGCAUCGGGAAGGUCGGGAGCGUUUAUUGCUUGGGCCGCAAGUUGGGCUCUGGGUCCUUCGGUGAGAUCUACUAUGCCGUGGACUCACAGACUGGAAAGGAGCUCGCAGUCAAGCUAGAGCGAGUGGAUAGCAAGCACCCCAUGCUCCUCUACGAGGCAAAACUCCUCAAGCAUUUGGAAGGAGCUCAGGGAUUCGCAUCAGUGUAUUUUUCGGAUACGCAGGGCGAUUACAACGUGAUGGUGAUGGACCUUCUGGGGCCCUCCUUGGAAGAUUUGUUCAACAUCUGCCGACGGAGGUUCACCCUCAAAACGCUCAUCUUGCUGGCUGAGCAGAUGCUUUACAGGAUAGAAUAUCUUCAUUCUAAAGACUUCAUACACCGCGACAUAAAGCCCGACAACUUCCUCAUCGGCGGAAGCAGAAAGACCCAGCAGAGUCAGAUUCUCUACUUGAUUGACUUUGGCCUUGCUAAGAAGUACAGGGACUCCAAGUGCAAUCACAUCCCGUACAGAGACAACAAGAGCAUGACCGGAACUGCUCGCUACGCAUCCGUAAAUGCUCAUCGCGGAAUCGAACAGAGUCGAAGGGACGACAUUGAAGCGAUCGGAUACGUCUUGAUCUACUUCUGCAAAGGGCAGCUACCAUGGCAAGGAUUCCAGGCAGCUACCAAGGAAGAGAAGUACAACAAGAUCAUGGAGUGCAAGCAGUCCACGUCUGUAGAGUCCCUGUGCAAGGGUUGUCCGCUGAUCUUCGUCACCUACAUGAACUACGCAAAGGCGUUGCGGUUUGAAGAUCGGCCCGACUAUGCCUACCUCCGGCGACUCUUCAAGGAGCUUUUUGCCAAGGAAGGUUAUGAGAACGAUGGCGUCUACGAUUGGUCACAGCCAUCAGUGACAGAGUCAAUGAACUCCAGCCAGUUUAACAAGCAGGCAGAGGCCCGUGGGGAACCACAGCUUCGCGUGCGAGAGGUAGGUAGCAAACAGCACCGCCAUGCUGGCGAUGAACCCGUGGCCGAGGGAUCGCCUAUGCGAUGGCAAGGCUCCGCCAAGGAAACUCGGUCAAGGCAUGCCGACUCCAUGAGGAGCACAGCCCCUGCAGCCGCCACAGAUCGCGUCAAGAGCACCCGAAGUCACGGAAUCGACUCAGAG